GUGUCACCGAAAAGGGCAAAGCCUUCGGAAAUAGAAACAAAGUUGGUCACAAAUCACAUUAGCUUUGCCCGAAGUUUUUCCCCACACUCUUCUUUAGCAUGCUAUUAUGGGGAAAGUGACCACUCCUGGGAGCGGGGGUGGCCGGGGCUGUUCGGUGGCAGGGGAGCGGCUGUAACUUCUACGUGACCAUGGUACCUGUUGAAAACACGGAGGGCCCCAAUCUGCUGAACCAGAAGGGGACAGCCCUGGAGACGGAGGGCAGCUACCGAGCCAGCGGCAGCCGGCAUCCUCCCUGGGCGAGAGGUUGCGGCAUGUUUACCUUCCUGUCAUCUGUCACUGCCGCUGUCAGUGGCCUCCUGGUGGGUUAUGAACUUGGAAUCAUCUCUGGGGCUCUUCUUCAGAUCAAAACCUUAUUAACCCUGAGCUGCCAUGAGCAGGAAAUGGUUGUGAGCUCCCUCCUCAUUGGAGCCCUCCUCGCCUCACUCACCGGAGGGGUCCUGAUAGACAGGUAUGGAAGAAGGACCGCAAUCAUCUUGUCAUCCUGCCUGCUUGGACUCGGAAGCUUAGUCUUGAUCCUCAGUUUAUCCUACACGGUUCUUAUAGUGGGACGCAUUGCCAUAGGGGUCUCCAUCUCCCUCUCCUCCAUUGCCACUUGUGUUUACAUCGCAGAGAUUGCUCCUCAACACAGAAGAGGCCUUCUUGUGUCACUGAAUGAGCUGAUGAUUGUCAUCGGCAUUCUUUCUGCUUAUAUUUCAAAUUACGCAUUUGCCAAUGUUUUCCAUGGCUGGAAGUACAUGUUUGGUCUUGUGAUUCCCUUGGGAAUUUUGCAAGCAAUUGCAAUGUAUUUUCUUCCUCCAAGCCCUCGGUUUCUGGUGAUGAAAGGACAAGAGGGAGCUGCUAGCAAGGUUCUUGGAAGGUUAAGAGCACUCUCAGAUACAACUGAGGAACUCACUGUGAUCAAAUCAUCCUUGAAAGAUGAAUAUCAGUAUAGUUUUUGGGAUCUGUUUCGUUCAAAAGACAACAUGCGGACCCGAAUAAUGAUAGGACUAACACUGGUAUUUUUUGUACAAAUCACUGGCCAGCCAAACAUAUUGUUCUAUGCAUCAACUGUUUUGAAAUCAGUUGGAUUUCAAAGCAAUGAGGCAGCAAGCCUCGCCUCCACUGGGGUUGGAGUCGUCAAAGUCAUUAGCACCAUCCCCGCCACUCUUCUUGUAGACCAUGUCGGCAGCAAAACAUUCCUCUGCAUUGGCUCCUCUGUGAUGGCAGCUUCGUUGGUGACCAUGGGCAUCGUAAAUCUCAACAUCCACAUGAACUUCACCAAUAUCUGCAGAAGCCACAAUUCUAUCAACCAGUCCUUGGAUGAGUCUGUGAUUUAUGGACCAGGAAACCUAUCAGCUAGCAACAAUACUCUCAGAGACCACUUUAAAGGAAUUGCUUCCCAUAGCAGAAGCUCGCUCAUGCCCCUGAGAAAUGAUGUGGAUAAGAGAGGGGAGACGACCUCAGCAUCCUUGCUAAAUGCUGUAUUAAGCCACACUGAAUACCAGAUAGUCACAGACCCUGGGGACGUCCCAGCUUUUUUGAAAUGGCUGUCCUUAGCCAGCUUGCUUGUUUAUGUUGCUGCUUUUUCAAUUGGUCUAGGACCAAUGCCCUGGCUGGUGCUCAGCGAGAUCUUUCCUGGUGGGAUCAGAGGACGAGCCAUGGCUUUAACUUCUAGCAUGAACUGGGGCAUCAAUCUUCUCAUCUCGCUGACAUUUUUGACUGUAACCGAUCUUAUUGGCCUGCCAUGGGUUUGCUUUAUAUAUACAAUCAUGAGUCUAGCAUCCCUGCUUUUUGUUGUUAUGUUUAUACCUGAGACAAAGGGGUGCUCUUUGGAACAAAUAUCAAUGGAGCUAGCAAAAGUGAACUAUGUGAAAAACAACAUUUGUUUUAUGAGUCAUCACCAAGAAGAAUUAGUGCCAAGACAGCCUCAAAAAAGAAAACCCCAGGAGCAGCUCUUGGAGUGUAGCAAGCUGUGUGGUAGGGGCCAAUCCAGGCAGCUUUCUCCAGAGAACUAAUGGUCUCAACACCUUCUGAACGUGGACAGUGCCAGAACACUUAGGAGGGUGUCUUUGGACCAGUGUAUAGUUGCGACUCCUGUGCUUUCUUUUCAGUGUCAUGGAACUGGUUUUGAAGAAACACUGAAAUGGUAAAGACAGCCUUUAAUCCCCUCUUCCCCAAAAGGAACCUCAAAAGGUAGACGAGGUACAAGGUCCUAAGUGAUCUCUUUCUUAUUCUGAGCAGGAUAUCAGGUUAAAAAAAAAGUUACUGGCUGGUUUCAUACCUUCUACCUUCACAGAGCAGCCUUUGAAUAGACUAUGUCCUAGUAAAGACAUCAACCUCUGCCUUAAGCUAUGUAUGUACGGAGGCCAGUCACAGCUUUAUUAUUCAGACACACAAGUGGUCUGGACAUAAGGGUACAGGUUUUGCCUACCAAGACACUGCUUGCACUGGGUCUUACGCAAAAAAGAACCAGAACACACAGUGUGGACAACUGCCCACGUUUUCCAUCUAGAUUAGGAGAGGGUCCUGGCUAGGAUUUUAGUGGUAAUUCCUAGUUACAUUCAACAAGUAUAAAGAUUAUAGAGCUUAUUUUAUGAACUAUAAACUACAAUUUAAUGCAAAAUAUCCUUUUAUGAAUUUCAUGUUAAUAUUGUGAAAUAUUAAAAUAAUUCUGCAAUAGUUGAGAAAAAUGAGCAUUUUUUUCCAUUUUUAAAAAGUGCAUAGAAAAGACAAUUUUAAAAUCCUGGGACCAUAUUUAUUUAGAAGUAGCUGUAAGUAAAACAUUAGAAAAGGAGUCAGGCCAUUAGGUUAUUUAUCCAAAUCUCUUAAGCAAUUAGGUUGAAGUUAUUAAGUCAAGCCUAGAAAAGCUGCCUCCUUGGAAGGCUUUCAUUACAAUGUAUAGUAAUCCACAGUGUCCUGCAAUUCUUCACACUCCUCAGGAAUAUCACUACCUCAGGUUACGGCAUACAGGCUACACUCGAUGAUGACUUUCAGUGACCGAAGACACAAUAAAUGACAUUCAGACAUCAGGA